AUGGAGGUGAAGGUGGAGGUGGAGGAGGAGGAGGAGGAGGCGGACGCGGAGCAGCUGCAGGUGGCCGCCAUUCUGUGCAACAUGAGCAGGCUGAUGCGGGCGCGGGACCGGCGGAAGCGGCGGCGCGAGCGCGCGCGCGCGCGCGCCGCGGCCGCGGCCGCGUUCCCGGAGAUCCCCUCCUGGGGCCGCCGCCGCCCGCGGUCGAUGCCGGAGGACAAGCCCUCUCCGCCCCCCUCCCCCACACCAGCUCCCGCGGCCGCUAGCCCCGACACCCCGCUCGUGUACCCGGAGAGCGGCGGGGACGACGCGCCGCCCAAGGACAAGGGCGAGGUCGCCGCCGCUCGCCCACGGGACCAGUGGGCGGAGGAGCAGCACGGCGAAGUGGCGGCGGCGAGCUUGUCCCAGGAGAACGCGCGUCCACUCCAGGUCGCGAGGAGGGAGCAGGAUCCGGCGCCGGCGCCACUGGUGGUGCUGGACCUGAACGAGCCGGCCGACGAGGACGAGCAGCAGCAGCUGAUGCAGGCGCGAGCGCGGGCCGCUGCGGCGGCCGCGGCCGCGGCCGAGUGGUACCGGCAGGCGCAGCUGCGUGCCGCGCUGCAGAAGGCGGCCGUGUCGGCGGGCGCGCGGCGGCGCCGCCUCGAGAUCCUGCGGGCCAAGGCGGCGUGCCCGCUCGUGUCGAGCAGGAUGCGGCGCGCCGGGUGA